AUGCAUCGUCUAACGUUGAGUCUUGCUGCUCUACCGCGAGAGCUUUUAGUGAAAGUCUGCGAGAUUUUGUACUACGACGAUUACGCUGCAAGUCUCGCGUCGUUCUCCGCAGCCAACAAGACAUGCCGUGACGCUGCCGUCGGUGUCUUGUUUCGCACCAUCAAGUUUACCAUCGAGGAUGGCCACUAUCCAGGCGCUUGGCACAGCCUGCACCUCGAUAGUCUGAGUUGUGAACGAACGCUUCGCAGAAAUGGGGUCUUGUCUCAAGUACGCCGAAUCUCCAUCGAGGGCGAGUCACCAAAGCCGCAAACGGGUUUUGAUAAGGACUCUCGUUUGACAGACAUCCACUGCGACUACCAUUGGCCCGAGUGGAAACAAGGCCGCGUAUACGCCGCCGAAAUGGGAGACGACGACGCAAGAAAGAUGAAGGACAGCUAUCUAGAGAGAGACCGUGUUUAUUGGGAAGACUAUGCCAACUGUCAAUGGACCUACGAAAGUAGUCCAGGUUGGGCACCAAUGGCCAGCCUCAUCAAAGAACUGUCAAACUUGACUGACAUUUUCUUCGCAUGUCCUACUCAAUUCCCUCCCUCACUAUUCGCUGCCUUGAAGCAAUACCACCCCACAUGCAGAAUUCGAUUAACCAAGUUCAACCUACUCUCACUACGAGAUCCACGUCCUGACAGCUACGAACUUGACCUCGUCCGUUCUCCGAGCAUUUACAGCAUCAACUGCUCGCAUUUUGUUGAUCACACGACCGUAAACCAACUCAACAAGACUGUACUGCGGAUUCUUGCUACGAUGGGUCCAGGGCUACAGGAGGUGUAUGUGACAUACGAUCCUGGUCAACGUCCCCCCGAUGAAUUACGCGAGGCCGCCUGGAGCGGCGUGAAGGAUCUAGAGCCACCAUCACCGCAAUACCGCGCAUCAUUGCGAACCUUUCACUUAGGAUGGCAUCCGGACAUGACGGAAGACAGCCUACUUCGGGAAUGGGGCUCCUUGGUUGACUUUGACGCUCUACGAGUCCUCAGACUACCGGACUCCCUGCGGCCAAAGGGGCUCGAGCUACUUGACACUUACUCAUUUCCAUUCCUCAAGAACCUGGUUGUCAAUAUGGUCGACUCGUCUUCGAUGGAUGAUCCGGAGCAUGAGAGAGGGGAAAUGCUCUCCCGCUUUAUCGAUCGACGCACGCAACUGUGCACGUUGGAGGUGAUUGGAUGGAAUGACUUUUAUGUUGGAAAACACCUGUUUCACCCGGCCUGCGGUUUUGCAUUACGAACUUUGGAUUUGCAGAGCAACCUGCUGGAAACCGCAGACCCUUUCAAUGCGCGGGCCGUUUCCCUCAUCGCGCAGCGCUGGCCCCUGCUCGAGGACCUAGCCAUCAGGGUGCGACGCUCCAAGGGGGAUGAAGAAGAGAUGGCAGUCUACGUGGCGCUCGGUAGAUUGCGACGCCUUCGAAAGUUACAUCUACGUCUCAUGCCCAUGCAAAGAGGAUGGCAGUUUCCGGAGGACCGUACGGUACAAUCUCCAAGAGAGUAUGUGGUGCCUAGGGAGACUCAUGGAGAAGGUGCCGAGAAUCAACUCAACCCGAACGAUCGAGAGAAUUAUCGAGACCUACUCAUCAACAUUGCCUUGGAUGAGACGCUAGCUCGUGCAAUCUUCCACGCCAUCUCAACAGAGGGAGGAACUUCCCAGCAUCAAAACUUGGAAAAGUUACAGUUGCGGGUUGACGAUUGGUUGUGGGCGGAACAGCUGCUUGGAAGAAGAGGAGAAGUCGCAGCUUUCUGCAGCAUCCUUGGUCGGCCUUGGGAUGUUCGCCGCGACCCUAGGUUCGAGCAUAGGUCAGAAGUGUCCGUACUAUUGGUUGAGGAUAAGUUUAACAAUUUGAGAGCUACGGCUGGCAUGGUGCCUGACUUGAUGGAAAGCCUAUUGCACGAGGUGUUCCGCGAAAUCUGGCCGCGAGCCGAAGGCAGCGACACAGAAGCGAGGCAUUCAUGGCAGACGGAUUGGAAAAGCUUCCCGCUUUCUGCAUAUGUCCACAGAUCGUAA